AUGUCUCCUGCCCCCACCAUCGUCGUCACCAACCUACAGGAGGGCGAGGUGCUCUCGUAUCCCCUCGUCCUACUCGAAGGGCACAUCACCGGCCUCCCCUCUACCACCCCCGCCUCCACCGAAGGUCUCUUCCUGGAAGCGCGUCUGGACCACCUCCGCUCUUCACUCUGGCCGAUUUCAACCCCCAGCGGCCACUUCAAGGCGUUCGUGCUGCUCCCGUCCCCCGGCCAAUACGCCGUCACGCUGCGACUCGCCGGUGUCGCCGACCGCGUCUUCUGCGUCGAGUACCGACCGCGUGUCACGCGUUACGUGGUGAAAUUCCACUACCAGAUCUGCUCGGACUCGGACGCCCGCGACGGGUUUGACGCACCUCCGGGCGUCGACAAUUCCAACGCUGCAGCAACCGCAAAGGUCCGGUUCAAUGCGUUGGUGCUGCAAAUGGCCACCGCCGAGUUGAUGCACGCUGCCGGGUUGGGGCGACAGACGUUCGCUAUGCAGUUCGCGGCCGACGGACUGCCCGACGUGACGCUGCUGCGGUGUAGCUUCACGAACGCCCACGCGCGGUCGGUGGACGGCCAGAAGCUCAUCCACUUGAUCGGGAAGGACAUUGAAGCCUCGGGGGUGGACGACAAUGUCGAGUUUGACUUUAAACAUGCAGUGGUGCUGGGGUGUUCACGGUACAACACCAAGACGCGGAAGGCGGAGGGCCACACAGCGCUAGGAGGAGGGAAGGUUGGGGUCUUUGGCUCCUCGGAUCCACACUCGCCGCACAUGGGGUUCCAUCAGGCCUCUCCGCAGGGCUGGCUGGAGCUGAAUCAUGCAGCUAUUCGAGAAGUUUCGAGUCGUGACGGAGCCCACUGGAACGCAGGCUCAGCCCAACUGCUGCGUCACUGCCCGUGGAUCUCCGGGUACGCUAAGCCGUCAUUGAUAGGCCCUACUGUGAGCUGGGACGACUCCGUCCGCGGACCUGUUGGAAAUGGCCAAUAUAACGGCACGCAAGUUCCGCUCCCCGAGAGAAAUCAGUCGAUGUCUGAAGCUGAUGAGAUUGGAGCGGUGAUGGUCGAUGCGGGGAAGUACGUGAACCGUUUAGAGAGCUUUACGCGUGCUCAAGUGUUGGAGAUGGAGAAACUGCGCGCUGCUGGGGACAAACACUGGUUUGUUCUUGCCGUCGGAGAACACAUUACUCGAAUGGAUGUUCGUGCCAUGGCCUGGAUCGAUGGCCUUCAGCUCCACACGAACCUGCGGUCGUCGCGAUGGUUUGGCGGCACUGGUGGAACUCUUCACGCGUUGCAAGCUGCCGACGGGUGGAGGGUGAGUGAGUUCUUCGGGACAAGAGGUGGUUCGUACGUCGGCAAGCUUGGCGUGCGGUCGGGGAACGCCAUGGAAGGGGGACCCAAAACGCCGUUCUCGACCACACUCCCCGUGGUAGGAGCCGUUGUCGUUCGAUGUGGGAGAUUUGUCGAGUCGAUUCGACUGCUGUCUCCUGAAGAAGCAGCGAUGAAUUCAAGAGACCCGAAGAUCUACCGCGCAAACGAGCACAUCUUUGAGCUCCUGCCUGGUGAAAAGCUGAUGAAGCUCGAG